UGGUGAAUUUCCAUGUAAGGCCCCGCAGUGCCCACCACCUUCUUAUUAUAGGAGGUCAACAGAUAAGGCAUUCCAUACAUAUAAACCACACCAUCACUGUUCUGGCCUGGGACACAAAGACAUUCACACAGCACCGACAUGGCCAGCAAGAAAGCAGCCGCCAAGAGCAAGGCUGCUGCCAAGCGUUCACAGAGAGGCUCUUCCAACGUCUUCUCCAUGUUUGAGCAGUCUCAGAUACAGGAGUUCAAGGAGGCUUUCAGCUGCAUUGAUCAAGACCGAGAUGGCAUCAUUAAAUUGCAGGACCUCAAGGAAACCUAUGCACAGCUAGGGAAGCUGAACAUGAAGGACGAGGAGCUGCAGGAAAUGCUGGCUGAGGGCAAAGGUCCCAUCAACUUCACUGUCUUUCUCACUCUUUUUGGAGAGAAACUCAAUGGCACCGACCCAGAGGAUACCAUUGUUGCCGCCUUCAAACUUUUCGACCCAAACGGCACAGGCUUCGUCAACAAGGAUGAGUUCAGAAGACUGCUGAUGAAUCAGGCUGACAAAUUCACAGCUGAGGAGGUGCAUAUGGAUCCUUUUACUUUUCCAAAUUGCUGCGCACAUUGACAAGUUUGCUCAAGUCUUGAGGUGGACCAGGCCUUCUCUGUCGCCCCAAUUGACGUCAGUGGCAACAUUGACUACAAGUCCUUGUGUUAUAUCAUCACACAUGGAGAUGAGAAGGAGGAAUCGUGAAAACAAACAGCAUCCUCGCCCUCAAAGAUGCACAAGAACUCCUGCAGCUACUUUACAAUGGGUUUUUUUCUGUCAGGCAAAGGUGAUUUUGGGUCGUAAAAAAUCUUUUCAAUUUUGAAAUGCAGUCAACGGUUUGAAGAGCGAUAAUAAAAUAUGUGUUCUAAUACAA